AUGAACACAGAUGAUUAUAAAGUUAUUGUAAAUAGAUUAAAAGAUAGUGAUAGUGAAAUAAGAAUGUCAUCUAUUAACUUAUUACAUAAUGAAAUAAGGGAUACUGCAGGUACUAUUACUACGAAACAGAUGAAAUUGUUUGAUAUUGUUGAAGACUUAAAGGGUGUUGCUAUGAAUUUAUUAACAAAUAGUGAGAAACAACAUUUAUUUGAUUUAAUCUCAGUGUUAAGUACAUCUGCUGAGACUGAUUCAACAUUUAAUGUGUUAUCUUAUAGACUGAAGGGUAAUAUUACCCCAUUGGAUGAUUGGGGUCAUCAGUAUGUAAAACAACUGAUUAAAGGAUGUCUUGAGGUUAGAAAUGGUAAUUAUGAAUCUUGUGAUUAUACUAAACUUGUAGAACCAAUAACAGAGUUUUUAUUUAAAAGAAAUUGUGAGGUAGAAGCUUUGGAUUUUUUGACUGAUAUUUCUGAAAUUUCCAAUGAUGUUGUUGUUGAUUUUAUUGAGUCCUCAAGCGGUGGUUUUAUAGUAAAUAGACUUGAUCUUAUAUCGAAAUAUACCGAUGAACAUAACUUUAAUAGAGUUUACGAGUAUUUAGAUGAGUUAAAUAGAUUUUAUGUACUUGAUGAUGUUUUAUUUGAAUUAAAUAAGGAAAAUCCUUCAAAGUAUUUAGUUCAUUUGAUUAAGUUGAGGAAGUUUGAUAAAGCAAUUGAAUAUGUUGAAUCUAUAAAAGAUAGAAAUUUAAAAAAACAAUGUUUAUAUAUUCUAGCUAGAUGUAAUAUAUCUUAUUUUUGUAGUGACGAAGAUAACAAGAUAUUAAAUAAUACACACAUAUUAAAAUAUUAUCACGAUACUGCUAAAGAUUUAGAAAUAGAAGAGAGUAAAAAGAUUGAUUAUAUUUUAAGAGGAAUAAGUAAGGAGAAAAUAGAUACUACAGCAAUCACUAAUGGAUUGAUUCAUAUGGGAUUUGGUAGAGAUCCAGUAUUUUUUCAAACACCUGGUGAUUUUUCUGUUAAAGGUGAUUUACUUUCCUUAUUAAAUCACAGUGAUAAAAUUACAACAGUUAAAGCAUCUGUUGGGCUUAUACUGGCAUUUGAUCCGGAAACUUUCUUAAAUAAAUAUCAGAAAGAAGUUUACUUUGAAAAGGAUAUUUCUAUUCUAUUAGGACUUGCAUUAUCUUCUUAUAGGAAUGUUGCCAUUUGUGAGUUGUUAGUUCCCAUGUUAAAUGAAUUCUUACUAUCUGAUAAUCAAGAAGAUGUUAUUAUUGCUAUUUACGCACUUUCACAUGUUUAUUCAGGAGCUAUUAAUAUUAAUAUUGAUAAAGGUUUUAUGAUGGAGAAUAUAUUUCCUUUAAUAUCACAUCACACUGAUGAUGUUGUGUUAAUGACUAUAUAUUUUAUGGGUGUUCUUUAUAUGGGUGAUGGAAAUAUUGAUGUUCUUAACACUUGUAUUGAAACCUUUAUAGAUAACAGCAAAAGUAAUUCUCAGUUUUAUUAUUUAGCUUUACUUGGCCUUGGUAUGUUUUUCUAUAAACAACCCCAGUUAUGUGAAUCUAGUGUAAUGUUGAAUUUAGAUGAUACUUUAUUAGCGUUAGCAUUAGGAUUUAUGUAUGUUGGAACUGGUAAUACUGAUAUUAUAAAUAAGAUUAUGGAACUAUCAUUUGGAGAAGAUGAGAAUCCAACUAGAGAAGUUAUUGGUAUGAUAUCGAUAACAUUAGUAUCACUUAGUGAUAAAUUAGCUACUAAUCAAAUUGAAAGUGUUUUAAAGAAUUUUUAUCAAAUUAAAACAGUUGGUGUUAAAAAUAUUAUUCCAUUGUGUUUAUCAUUGCUUUAUGCAUCAAAUACUAAAGUGGAAAUAAUUGAUUUUUUAGAAAAAACUGUAAAUUCUAAAGAAAGUAAUGUUACAUCGAUGAUAGCUUUAGGUAUUGUAGGUGCUGGUACUAAUUCAUCAAGAAUACAUAAGAUUAUUAAUGGUCAUUUUAAUUCAUUUUAUAAAGAUUAUAAGACUGCUAAUGCUCUUAUAUACUCUCAAGGAUUAUUAAGUUUAGGUAAGGGAAUGUUAAGUCUUAAUCCAGUUGCAUAUGAUGGAAAUGUUAUAAUAGAUAAGUCAUUAAUAGGUUUAUUAUCUACUAUAUUCUUGUUUAUUGAUGAGAAAGAUAACUUCUUUAAAGAUUAUAGUUAUAUGCUUUAUUCAAUAGCUCAAGCAGCUACACCUAAGUAUGUUGUAGGAUUAGAUUCAGAAAUUAAGGUAGGUUUACCUGUAGAUACAGUAGGAUUAUCAGGUAAUCCAAAUAAAAUAUCAGGUGUUGUCAUUCAUAAUUUACCUGUUUUGUUAAAUUGUAAUGAAAAAGCUGAGAUAAUGAAAGAUGUUUUAUCUGAUUAUAUUGAAGAUGUGUUAGUACUUAAAGAGUAA